CAGGUGACCGCAGUGCGGGUGUAUGUCAACAGUUCCUCUGAGAACCUCGACUACCCAGUCCUCGUGGUGGUUCGCCAGCAGAAAGAAGAGGUGUCCUGGCAGGUCCCUCUGCUCUUACAAGGACUAUAUCAGAAGAGCUCCAACUACCAGGAAGUAAGCCGUACCUUAUGUCCCUCAGAAGCAACCAAUGAAACAGGACCUGUGGAGCAUCUGAUAUUUGUAGAUGUAGCAUCCAUGGCACCACGGGGUGCCCAGUACAAACUGCUGGUUACCAAGCUCAAGCACUUCCAGCUCAGGACAAAUGUUGCCUUUCACUUCACCACCAGCCCCUCUCAACCUCAGUAUUUUCUAUACAAGUUUCCCAAAGACGUGGACUCAGUUAUCAUUAAAGUGGUGUCCGAAAUGGCGUAUCCAUGUUCUGUUGUCUCGGUCCAGAACAUCAUGUGCCCGGUGUAUGAUCUUGACCACAAUGUGGAAUUUAAUGGUGUCUAUCAGACCAUGACCAAGAAAGCUGCCAUCACACUACAGGUUGUUAUGUCUUAUGCAGAAGAAGGACUUACCAGGAGAGCAGUUCUUCGUGGUGUUUGUGGUAAAGCCUGAAGAUUAUGCCUGCGGGGGAUCUUUCAUCAUCCAGGGAAAGGAGAACCAGACCUGGAAUCUUCAAAGAACAAAGAAGCUUCAAGUGACCAUUGUUCCUUCGAUUAAAAAAUCCGUUUAUGUGAAAUCCUGUGUGUUCAGUGUCUGCAUCUUCCUGUCUUUCUACUUGGGAUACCUGCUGGUUGUGUUUGUUCAUUAUGUGAGGUUUCAGAGAAAAUCCAUUGAUGGAAGCUUUGGUUCCAAUGAUGACUCUGGAAAUGUGGUGUCACAUCCCAUUACUGCCAGCACACCAGAAGGGAGCAAUUAUGGGACAAUAGAUGAGUCAAGCUCCAGUCCUGGAAGGCAGAUGUCCCCCUCGGAUGGUGGACAGCCAUGCCAGUCAGACACAGACAGCUCCGUGGAGGAGAGUGACUUUGACACUAUGUCAGACAUUGAGAGUGACAAAAACAUCAUCCGGACCAAGAUGUUCCUUUACCUGUCAGAUCUGUCCAGGAAGGACCGGAGAAUUAUCAGCAAAAAAUAUAAGAUUUACUUUUGGAACAUCAUCACCAUUGCUGUGUUUUACGCACUGCCUGUGAUCCAACUGGUCAUCACCUAUCAGAGAGUGGUGAAUGUCACUGGCAACCAGGACAUGUGUUACUACAACUUCCUCUGUGCUCACCCCUGGGGAGUCCUGAGUGCCUUCAACAACGUUCUCAGCAACCUGGGCCACGUGCUUCUGGGCUUACUCUUCCUGCUGAUAGUCUGGCGACGAGACGUUCUCCAUCGAAGAGCCCUGGAAGCCAAGGACAUCUUUGCCAUGGAGUACGGGAUUCCCAAACACUUUGGUCUCUUCUAUGCUAUGGGCAUCGCGCUGAUGAUGGAAGGAGUGCUCAGUGCUUGUUACCAUGUCUGCCCUAAUUAUUCCAACUUCCAAUUUGACACCUCCUUCAUGUAUAUGAUCGCGGGCCUCUGUAUGCUGAAGCUCUACCAGACCCGUCACCCGGACAUCAACGCUAGUGCCUACUCUGCCUAUGCCUCCUUUGCUGUGGUCAUCAUGCUCACCGUCCUCGGAGUGGUGUUUGGGAAAAAUGACCUGUGGUUCUGGGUCAUCUUCUCUGCAGUUCACGUUCUGGCCUCUCUGGCCCUCAGCACCCAGAUCUACUACAUGGGGCGUUUCAAGAUAGAUUUGGGAAUUUUCCAGCGGGCUGCCAUGGUGUUCUACACGGACUGUGUCCAGCAGUGUAGCCGACCUCUGUAUAUGGAUAGAAUGGUGUUGCUUGUUGUGGGGAAUCUGGUUAACUGUUCCUUCGCCUUGUUCGGAUUGAUAUACCGCCCCAAGGACUUUGCGUCCUACAUGCUGGGCAUCUUCAUCGGUAACCUGCUGCUGUACCUGGCCUUUUACAUCAUCAUGAAGCUCCGCAGCUCGGAGAAGGUCCUCCCCGUCCCUCUCUUCUGCAUCGUGGCCACCGUCGUGCUGUGGGCUGCCGCCCUUUAUUUUUUCUUCCAGAAUCUCAGCAGCUGGGAGGGAACCCCAGCUGAAUCCCGGGAGAAGAACCGUGAGUGUGUCCUGCUGGAUUUCUUCGACGACCAUGACAUCUGGCACUUCGUCUCUGCGACUGCUCUGUUUUUCUCAUUCUUGGUGUUGUUAACUCUGGAUGAUGAUCUGGAUGUGGUUCGGAGAGACAAGAUCCCUGUCUUCUGAGCCCCCAGCACUAAGAAGGGGAGAGGGUGCGAUCAAUCUUGGUGCUGUUUCACGAAAAACACAGUGACUGCAGCAAAGUGACCACUGCCAGAUGCUCCCCUUACCCUCGGUGGAGUCAACUCAGCGUUCACACAGGAAGGAGAGGAGCUAGGGGAAAUCUAACCUGUGAGAACAGGAAGCAGAAGGAGAGACCUGCUGAGGACAGCAGCAAACAGGAGGAACUGAGACAACACUUCCUCUUCCGCCUGCAGUGUUGCGAGUGAGACAUGGUCAGAAGCCGCAUCCAAGUUAACUUGCUAUCUUGGGACACCUCCCACACUCCCCUGAGAUUUGCCAGCAGCGGCAGAAUGCUGCUGCACUCUUCCUUCCAGCUGCCACCAUGCCCGGAAAGGCCAGCACCUUGGACAUCUCACCCAGAAAUUUUGGCUUGGCCCCCUUCACACCUCUGUGACAUCUGCUGUUCUAGGCAUCUCAAAGCACCAGUUGGCUUCUCCAAUGUCCUGGGAAGGCGUGAUUCCUCAGAUUAUGGCAGAGAGCUGGACCCAAGGCCCCACCCAACUGGGAUUAGAUGUUCUGAUAGCACCAGCUAGUCACUUCCUCAGAAUGCCAGAUGCUCCCCUCAGGCUCCUAAUGCCAUUGAAAAGACUUGGGAUUGGGCUUUGUCACACACUCCUCUUAAUAGGGAACUUCACUGGGACCAAGGCCUGGGUGCUCACUUGUUUCAUCAAGGUGUCUUCCUCUCACUGCUGUGUGUGGACCUCAUCACUCUGGCUCCACCCUCU